CUGUACGUCAUGACGCAAGGACGCUUCUUCCGGGUUUGGGUCGCGCGCGUAAAGCCCAAGUUGGAGCCUCGUAAUCAGACUCGUGCUUGUAUGCAAGAAAUACGUGAUGGCCUCCACCGCAAAAGCACCGCCGCAGGCCAGAAACUUACCCUGGGUUGAAAAAUACCGACCGCAGAAACUAGACGACCUGAUCUCACACGCAGACAUUCUCAGCACCAUCCAGAAGUUCAUCAGCGAGGGCCGACUGCCGCACCUGCUCUUCUACGGGCCGCCCGGAACCGGCAAGACUUCCACCAUCUUGGCCUGUGCCAAGCAGCUGUACAAGGACAGGGAGUUCAACUCCAUGGUUCUGGAGCUCAACGCGUCCGACGACCGAGGCAUCGAUGUCGUGCGGGGACCCGUCCUGAGCUUUUCCAGCACCAGAAGCAUCUUCAAGAAAGGCUUCAAGUUGGUGAUACUGGACGAGGCCGACGCCAUGACCCAGGACGCCCAGAAUGCGCUGCGGCGGGUGAUGGAGAAAUACACCGAGAACACUCGCUUCUGCCUGAUCUGCAACUACCUGUCGAAAAUCAUCCCGGCGCUGCAGUCUCGCUGCACCCGCUUCCGCUUCGGACCGCUGUCGCCGGACCAGAUGAUACCCAGACUGCGGCACGUCAUCCGGCAGGAGAGCAUCGACAUAACUCCAGACGGGAUGAAGGCGCUGGUCACGUUGUCGGCGGGCGACAUGCGAAGAUCGCUCAACAUCCUGCAGAGCACCAGCAUGGCGUACGGCCGCGUGAGCGAGGACACGGUGUACACGUGCACGGGGCACCCGCUACGCUCCGACAUCGCCAACAUCCUCGACUGGUCGCUCAAUAAAGACUUCAACACCGCCUACAAGCAAAUCUUGGAGCUGAAGACGUUGAAAGGUUUGGCGCUGCAAGACAUCCUCACCGAAGUGCACCUGCUCAUCCACAGAGUGGACUUCCCGUCUUCGGUCCGGAUGGGUCUGCUCAUCAGGCUGGCCGACGUGGAGCACCGGCUGGCGGCGGGCACCAACGAGAAGAUCCAGCUGAGCUCCGUGGUGGCGGCGUUCCAGUCCGUCCGCGACCUGGUGGUCGGCGAGGCCCGGUGACGCGGUCGUGACUACCGUCGUCAUGACAACCAUGCAAUCGCAACUCUCGUCAGCCUGACGUACAUUCACGCGCGACCAGAAAUAAACGCAAAUAGCAACCAGA